CAGUUAAAUCAUUCUUGCUACUUGACCAGUUAAAUCAUUCUUGCUACUAGACCAGUUAAAUCAUUCACAACGUCGAACUAGUAGUUUUAUUAUGUAACACAAAUUUUUUUCUUAGUUGAGUAUUUCAUACGUAUAUAACGUGCACAUUUUAGUAUCAUCGUACCCAAUACAAUCAUAACGAUCAUGGACCCAAACAGCUGACGCGGUUUCAUCCAAACCUCUUCCGACGUAUGACUCACCGUCCAAACUACUGUAUAUCCAUUUAAUUACUACACAUUGCAUGAUAAUUGCUCAAAUACUGUCAAUAAUAAUAUUGAAAUGGUCAUUUAGUUGUCAACUAUUUAAUUCACGUCAGCCAAUCACGAAUACUCGCCCCACAGCAAUUUGACAGUGUGAAGCAUAAAUGACCACAUGCUAUUUCCGGUAAAACACGUAGAAACGAUUGGAUUGGUCAGUGAUAAGGAUAGGCAUUAUUCAAUAUGUUUUGCCCACGUUGUAUAUAUAGGCUGUACAUAUUUGUGACAUGAUGAUCAGAAAUCAAAGAAAGUCUGAAAUUUCGACUAUCAAGAUAUAACAUAUCAGUACUAAUUAUUAUUUGGAUAUACUGCAAACAAUUUUAAGGAUGACGUCACGGACUUUUAAACAUGCGCUCAUCUGUCUUACAAUCGUUCUCAACUCGCUGGUUCCCGGACUUCGAGCGCAACCGGUAGUGGCUCCAGUGACCAGCUAUCCAGUGGAAAAUAGCGUAAUUGUCCCUGUGGCAAGCUACCCGAUGCAAAACAGUUAUUAUGCUCCUGUCUCCAAGGGUUACAACAGCGGUCAGGUGGCACCCGGCAUUGGUUACCAGGGUUCAGUGCAUGCUCAAUACUGGAUGAACGGGUACCAGCCGCAGGGGAUAGUAGGUGGCGCGUACCCACAAUCUGGAGGUUACUACACACAGUACCCGCAGCAACAAUAUAACGCUCAACCCUACAACCAGGCGUACGGCCAGGCGUAUAGCCCGUCCGGACAAGCUUACUACGGCCAGGCCACUUCCUAUCCCAGUUAUCCCAGUUUCGAUGCCGGAUACUGGACCGGACACUACGAUCCGCAGCCGCAAUAUUACGGAAGCAGCCCGCAAUAUUACGGUGCACAGGGAUAUGGCGUACCAGUGUACCCGGCGCAGGGUGGAUAUUACCCAGCAUACCCUAGCCAUCAUGGCGGCUACUACUCACAACAACCGGGUCUCUACCCAGGGUAUAAGAAGCCCUUAACCCAAAGCAAGCUCGCCAAAACGCUUCUCGGGGCGGCCGUCGCCGGCGUGGUUGCUGGGGCUGUCGUUAGGGGUUGAAACCGGCUCGCAUAAUACGCUAUUGCAUUGCCAGUAUAGGUCAUAUGGUAAAGUUAUAUAACAAUUAUACACGAAACAUUCCAAAAUGUAUUGAAUUUAAUAACAUGUAUCCAUUCACUCGUUUGCAAAUGAUUUAUAUUCAUGGUAUAAAGCUAUUGUAUAAAAAGGCUUUAUUUGUUCAAUAUUUUAAAUGUUUUCAAUUUACAAUUAGCAAAAUAACGUUUUCGUACUACCGGGACACACAUAAUGACUCCUAUGUAUUUUUUGUUACUUUGUUCUAUCGAUAUGCAUGUAGUUAUCAUUCUCUAAUGACAUUCUUGUAUCAAUUUACACUGCACGUUUAUUGAAUACGUUCAAUGACAUUGGUUCGCAUAGAAAUUUCAAUUUUUAUAAAUAAAUUCAACGAUUUAUAUACAUUUUUACCUCGACUAUUAUAUAUGAAACAUAUAUAGUGGAGCUAUCCUGCUCACCCCGGCGUCGGCGUUAGCGUGAGCGUGCAAAAGUUUUCGUACCACCCCAAAUAUUUCCUAUGUCCCUUGACAUAUUGCUUUAAUAUUUUGCAUAAUUCUUUACCAACAUGACCCCAACCUAUAAACAAGAGCAGACAACUGUAUCAAGCAUUUUGUAAGAAUUAUGGCCCUUUUUUCACUUAGAAUAUGCAUAUUAUUGAUAAAGCUAUGUUCAAGUUUGCAUACCACCUCAAAUAUUUUUUUAAUGUCCCUUGACAUAUUGCUUUCAUAUUUUGCAAACUUCUUUACCAACAUGACCCCAAUCUAUAAACAAGAGCAGACAACUGUAUCAAGCAUUUUGUAAGAAUUAUGGCUCUUUUUCCAUUUAGAAUAUGCAUAAUAUUGAUAAAUCUAUGUUAAAGUUUGCGAACCACCUCAAAUAUUGUCAAUGUCUCUUGACAUAUUGCUUUCAUAUUUUGCACACUUCUUUACCAACAUGACCCCAAUCUAUAAACAAGAGCAGACAACUGUAUCAAGCAUUUUUUAAGAAUUAUGGCCUUUUUUGUCUUAGUAACUGAAUAUUUUGUUAAAUUGUGUGUUUAGAUCCACUUGACUUCUAAAGUAUCCAAGCUAUUGCUUUCAAACUUUAGAUGUUUUCUUACUAUCAUGAGGGUACUGUACCUGCCAAGUUCAAUUUGAUCUUGACCUUUGAUGACCUUGACUCUCAAGGUCAAGAGUAAAUUUUAGUAAAAUUGCCAUAACUUCUUUAUUUAUGAUCAGAUUUUAUUAAUACUUUGACAAAACAACACUUACCUGAAAACCACAAUAGAUUCCACCCAAUCAAUACACCACGUCCCAACCCAGAAUCCCUGCCCCCCCCCCCCCAAAAAAAAAAAGUUUUGUUUCCUUUUUUAUUUUUGAAAGAUCAUCUAAUAAAUGACAACACCCCACAUUAUACCCCCUCUCAACCCCCCACCCUACCCAAAAAGAAUAUUUUUUUCUUUGAAACAUGGUUAAAAAACAACAACAAAUAUUUAUUUACUUUAUUUUUGAAGGACCGUCUAAACUUCCCACCCAAGCUAUUGCUAUCAAACUUGAAAUAAAAUCUUAUCAGUUUGUUUAAUGUUUUUACAAAUGUUUAAUAGAUUGUGGAAAAUAUACCUGAACUAUUACCUUGACCUUAUUGAAUAACAAUUACCCCAUGAUGGCUUACGUUAUACUGUCAAGCACUCGAAUAGUCGAGCUCGCUGCCCUCUGACAGCUCUUGUUGGUUUUUAUUAUGCUCCCCCAAAAUUUAUUUUGGGGAGAGCAAAUAGUCGCCGCUUCGUCUGUCCGUGUGUGUGUCUGUCUGUCCGUCCGUGCACAAUUUUUGUCCGGGCUAUUUCUCAGCAACUAAUGACCGUAAUUCAAUGAAACUUUAUGGGAAGCUUCACUACCAAGAGGAGAUGUGCAUAUUAUCAGCGGGUUCUGGUCGGAUGAUUUUUCACAGAUUUAUUGCCGUUUGAAAUUUUCUAUAAAAAAAUUCUUGUCCCCCAACUACUGUGCCCUCAAGACGUUUCCUUUUAUCUGAAUAUAUAGUGCAAUAUUGUGACAAAAAAGCCUUUGGGGAGCAUCACCCGUCUCAGACGGUUUCUUGUUUUUAAAUGUUAACGUUGUACAUGCAAAUUAAAAUUUAUAUUCA